CAGUUGCGUUUGGUGAGGGUACCUGGCAGCACUGUCAUCUACGUGGACUUGUUGUCAUAAGUCAAAUUAUUACAACAAUAGAAAAAUUACUUACUAUGCUUAUUAUAACGAGUUAUUUGUUUAGUUUUAAUCUGUAAAUAUAAUAAGUGGAAAAAAGGAAGAGAAAACUUUCAAUUUAUAGUCAACUUAUCUUAAAAAUGCUUUAAACGUCAUUUUAAAAUAUAAGCAUUGUUCUGAUAGGUGGCAAAGGCUGAAAGAAGAAAUAUAUCAAUUUUUAAACAAUUGCUUGUAUUUUUUGAAUUAAUUUAGAUUAAGGUAAAAGAUGCAUCAGGUCGGAAGUUUAAUUGACUUUGCUGAAAACUGCUGGAAAGGUAUUUUAGCUGAAGUUUCAGAAGCUGCUGUCUACAUAGAUCAUGCAGCAGCUGAAUGUUUUCAUUGGUAUUCCGGCGAUAAAGCAUAUCUUAGCUUCAAAAAUGCGGGGGCAUUAUCUGUUCACGAAUUGUCUUUAUUUAAUUUAAAGUUUAUAAAAGCGAAGGAAACAAAAAAAGCUGUAGUAAUUUCAACUUCGGCAGAAUCAUCAUUUUACAAUGAGACACUGAAAUUAAUUUUAGAGAAAAAUCAUUUUUCCAAAUGCAUUAUAUUUUGCUCGGUACACACGAGUGUUUUGGAUUAUAAUACAAUUUUUCCCCGUGAAGGCAAAAUUAAUUACGAUGAAUUACAGCAACAAAACCAAAGAUGGAUCGAUGGAAAAUACGAAACAGAGGUUGGAGAAUCAAGUGUAACCAUAAUUUAUUCACCAAUUUUCACCGCAUCUUUAAAUGAUUCCGUAUUUUUGACACCACCAUUUGGAAAUAUGAUGCCACCAAUUGAUGAAAAUUCACUUCUUCAUUAUGAAAAUGAUGUGGAAUAUUUUGCCAGUUCUAUGCAUAGUUUAUUUUCAAAUUUAAAUGUCAAAGAGGAUGUUUAUUCAAUGGGUAGACUGAGUAAUAUUGUUGCUGAAAAAUUGGCAACAUUGCCUGCAGCAAUAAACAGACGUAAGCAAAUUUCUGAUGAACGAACUGUUUCUUUUAUUCUAUUGGAUAGAACAUUAGAUUUAUGUACUGCCUGCUCUUAUAAUACCGAAUCAUUGUUAGGCAGAAUUCUUUGCACUUUACCGCAUUUAAAUCAUCAUAAUAAUGACAUUGCUGUCAAUAUGUCACCUUUUUGUCAUGAAGGAGAGGAAUGUUUGUCAUCCUUCAUGGUACCGGGUUGUCUGGCUACAAACGAAACGAAUGUUUUGGAUUUAUUGCUUCAUAAAAAGCAGAAAGAUUUGCUUUUGGCGUUUAAUAAAAUGUUGAAUGACAUGAGUACAGUUAAUGAAAGUCCAAUAAAGACAAAAUUAGCAACUCGAGUAUCGGCUCAUAGUUUGGAAAAAUUGGUUCAUAAAUUUCGCAAUUCAGAGAAUAUUGAAAAUCUAACUCGAUCGAGCAAAACACUUCAAAUUAUUAUUGCUGCUAUUCAAGCCUUGAAAUCGGAUAAAACGGCACAAUUGGAAUUAUUAGUGAGUUUCGAAAAGUUGAUUCUUCAAAAUUUGGCAAUUAGUCGCGAUGCAUCCAGCAUUGUUGCUCAGUUGAGCAAUAUUAUACAAUCGCGAUCAUCAAGAGGAUUGACAAUGGAUAAUUUAUUGGUUCUUUUAAUUCACGUUUAUUCGAUGGUUGGAAAUGAUAUUAAUUUUCCACCACAACAGGAAGAACAAUUGAGAAAUUCAUUAGCCGAUGCUAUUUUUGAAGAUAUGGAAAAAUGCAAUCAAGUCGAAUCCAGUGAGGAUUUAUCAGUUUAUCAUCAAACUUUAAUUCUUCUCAGUUUUGGUAUUUCUGAUGCUGAAGUAAUGAAGAAAACUUCCAAACAAAUUGCCACCCACAUAAUGGAUUUAUUCCAUGCGAUUGCAAGUCAACGACAUAUUUUACAGAAUUACAAAUCAAUUAUAUGCAAAUCAAGUAAGCAGGAAAUGGCAAAAGGAGUUGGUCUCGUCGAAAGGCUUGUUACGGAUCUAAUUGAUUCAAAUAAACCGGAAAUUCCCGAUCUACAGUGCAAUACUUUUUCUCUACUCUCAACCAGUUUUAACCUUCUAAUGAAGGGUAGAAUGAAACACCCUUCGGACAGUGCAUUAAUUAUAAUCUACAUUCUCGGAGGAAUAACACCAGACGAAGCAAGAAUCGUUCAAGAAAAAACGUCUUCACUUUCUAAUCAUCCAAAAAUAAUACUUAGCGGCUCGAGAUUACUAAAUCCAUUGGACGUACUCGAAAAAAUUCUCUUAAGCAAUUUAAGCGCGAGUCUAAGUUAAAAUAUGUACAAUAUUUGUCAAAUGUGAAAAUUAAUUAUGAUUUCGAAAAAAAUUUAUUUAAGCGCUAGUCUAAUUUAAAAUACAAUUUUUUUUCAAUAUUCAAAUUAAAAUUUUUAAUUAUAAAAAAAUUAUUUUUAUUUAGAAAAAAAGAAAAACUAAAAUUCUUUGUCAAAAGUGAAUACUUUCAUGACUGGUGAAAUAAAGAAGAGGCGAAAUGUUGUCAACUUUUUAAAAUUAUUAUUAAACACGUACAUAUAUAUUGUUCCUAACAAUGAGGAAAAUAUUUUACGUUUAAUUGAUUUAAUUUUUGUGUUUGUAUCUGAUAAGGUUGCUAAUUUUCUUGUAUAAUUUAUAAUAUACAUAUACAUAUAUAUAUAAAUUCGCAAUGCUUAUAAAAUAAUACUAAAUUAUUACAUAAGAUCUGUACAAUGAUUGUUACAUUAAUUAAUGACUUAAAUAUUUAA